AUACAACUACAACUAAUUAUGAUGAUACUCAAAGUAGAGCCACAAUACCAAUACCCUGCACUGCCUACAGGCUGUGAAGUCACUGCUAUAUCAAUGUUACUGCAGUACUGUUGCAGUAACUUCAUCAACAAUAACAACAACAACAACAAGAACAACAAGGAGACGAUAUUGUCAUUGGCAUCAUCAUCGGAUGAUGAUGAUUUGAUACCUGUUGGUGGCAAUCCUUAUAGAUCAUUCGUUGGCCAGCCCACAUCUACUCAAUCAUUCGGCAUGUUUCAUACACCAUCCUACAAGCUCAUCACUGACCUACUCCAACAUCAUGCCAUCGACUCAUACUUUACAUGUAUCAAUCUAACAACACAAUGCAACUCAACUCAAUCCUCAUCAUUGUUGAACAAUGGAUACCCUCUACAACUCAAUGAGAGUAAAGAUUACAUUAAUGCAAGACUCAAUCACUUUAAGGAUUGUGAUGACAAUGACAACAUCAAUAAUGAUGAUGAUGUUAAACUACUCAUUGAUCAUAUUGAUAAACACAAGAUACCAAUUGUUAUAUGGAUGACACUUGAACUUAGAGAACCAUCUAUAACUGAUACAUGGAGGGAUGUCAAUGUGCUGGAUAACUUUAUUCAUUGGGUAACACCAGAGCACUGUGCAUUGCUGGUUGGAUACACUGACAACGAGUACAUCAUCAACGAUCCUCAUACUGGCAAAGUGGAGCAUUACAACAAACAUCUAUUCAUCAAGAGAUGGAGACAGAUGGGAAGGCAAGCAGUGACAAUCAUCCCAACUACA